UUCCCAUUUGUCUAGCUUGGACGGUAGUUGGUAUUAAAUCUUAAAACCCAUUUGAAGCCUUCAAAAACAUUCCUCUAAAUUCAUAUUCUUCCCCAUCCAUUUUCUUAGGUUACAAACAUCUCAUUUUAUAGAAGAUCAAAGACCAAAAAGUUGUAUCUUAGAAGUGAAGAAGACGAACAAAGCAAAAACGACUAUUGUUUACGAAUGACAGAAAAGAAAACCACAUGGAGAUGUUUGCUCACUAGUUGUUACAAAGCCGAUUCCGCCCCCACGAAUCCGAACAAAGCGGUAACAAAAACGACGUCGUUUGAGAGGCUUUCUCUGUCAGAUUUGAGUAAUACCAGCUCGACACUUUCCGAAGAUCUCUCCACCGAUUCUAUUAUCCACGUUUUUACACUCACCGAGCUAAAGGUCAUAACCGAAUGUUUCUCGUCGAGAAACUUAAUUGGCAAAGGUGGGUUCGGCCCGGUCCAUAAGGGGUUCGUCGAUGACAAUAUUAAGCCUGGUUUGAGGGCCCAGCUGGUGGCGGUCAAGGCCAUGAACUUGGAUGGAACUCAAGGCCAUAGGGAGUGGUUGAGUGAGGUGGUUUAUCUGGGUCUAUUGAGGCAUCCACACCUUGUGAAGCUCAUUGGGUAUUGUUGUGAAGAAGAAUAUAGACUACUCGUCUAUGAAUACAUGCCAAAAGGCAGCUUAGAGCAUCAACUUUUUACAAGAUAUAAUGUUCCUCUACCAUGGUCAACGCGGAUGAAAAUCGCGCUUGGAGCUGCAAAGGGUCUUGCUUUCUUACAUGGAUAUAAACAACCAGCCAUACAUAGGGAUUUUAAGCCUGCAAACAUCUUAUUAGACUCCGAUUACACUCCAAAGCUCUCUGAUUUUGGGCUCGCAAAAGAUCCUGAUUCCGAAGAUGAGGGCACUGUGGUGUCAACUCCGAUAAUGGGCACUGAAGGUUACGCUGCGCCUGAAUAUAUCAAGAAAGGUCGCUUGACAGCAAUGAUCGAUGUUUAUAGCUUCGGCGUGGUACUGUUGGAGCUAAUAACGGGGAGAAAGUCGUUGGACAAGAAACGGCCGACUAGCGAGUAUAGCUUAGUAGAUUGGACUAGGCCCAUGUUGAUCGAUCCGAGAAUGCUUAGCCAGAUAAUGGACCCCAGAAUGGAAGGCUUAUACAGCGUAACAGGAGCGAAAAAAGUCGCCACAUUGGCUUACCAAUGUCUGAGCCGCCAGCCCAAACAUCGACCCACGAUGAGGACCGCCGUCCAAACUCUGGAACUACUGAUGGACUUCGACGACUUAUCGACUUCGGCGCCUUUUGUGUACACAAUUCCACUUCCCAUGACCAGAGCAGGCAACGUUUAAGGUCCCCAAAGUCCCCAAAUUUUUACUAUUCGGAAAAUGGGGUGACACAGGACCAUAGUCCAUAAAAAUUGUGUGAAGUGUGUAAACGGCCACCACAAAGACAAGGGAGCUUAGAGUAAUGUGGUUAGAAUAGAGUGACAGAUACUGUUAAUUGAAAGAGAGCUUAGACUAAAUCUGAAUUAUAGCUCUUCAAAAUGUGAAGAUUUUUUUUUUAAUAUUGAAUUGUUUAUAUAAAAUGUAAUAUCAUUAUUAUUUCAUUUUGUAGAUUUUUUUCAAUAGUGAGAAAAUACCAACUCAUUGGAAUAUCUUGAAGGA